AAGGAAAAGUGGAUUGGUGCGACCUUCCUCCUUCGAGCCGUCCUUGACGAAAGUGUGCCUAAUCCGUCGUUUGGUGGCCCCACUGGGACGAGUCGUACCGCAUCGAAAUAUCGAAAAAGUGAGGACGGGAGAAAACGAUUCGGCCUCGUCUCGUCUGGUGACCACUUGUUGAUCGGUGAGCGAGUCUACCCUCGCGUUUUCUCUGCCAGAGUUUUUUUCUUUUCUUUUUCUUCUUUCUUUCUUUCUCACCAGGGACGAGAUAGGAAGGCGGACAUGUCGACGGAAAACCUCAACGCAAACUCGCUCAGGCUCUGCCACAUUUUCAAAUGGGACAGCUUCGACGGCUACGGUUUCAACCUUCACGCCGAGAAAGGCAAACCGGGCCAAUACAUCGGAAAAGUGGACGAAGGCUCGCCGGCUGAAGCGGCCGGCCUCAAAGAAGGAGACAGGAUCAUCGAAGUCAACGGGGUCGACAUAGCCAACGAAAAUCAUAAACAGGUCGUACAGAGGAUCAAAUCACUCCCAGAAGAGACGAAGCUGCUCGUCGUCGACGCCGAAGGCGACAACUACUUCAAGUCGCAGAACAUCGUCGUCGACGGUAGCCUAGCCUGCAUCGUCACCAUCCGGACGCCCCCGGACCCGAACAGCGAUUCGGACCACAAAAUACCCGAAGACUCACAGUCGCAGAAAUCCAACAAAUCCGGACGAUCUUCGGAUUACGAGACAUCAAUACAACCUCAAAUUAUCACCGCAGAUAAGGACAAUACUGACAAAAAUUCCCACUUAGACAACUCGAGCACAAAUGAAGAACAGCACAACAGUCUCAAUUUGAAUAUGACUGCUAAAGAACUACGGGCUCAGUUGGCAGCAAGGAAGAAGUAUGACCCAAAAAAAGAUAGCACAAUCGAUUUUAAAAAGAAAUAUGACAUCGUACAAAAAUUGUAAAUUUGUCCACGUUUUUUUUGGUUAUACUUGUUGUUCUUUAAUUGUAUUAUUUGUCAUGUGUUACCAGAAGUGGAUUGUAUAAAUUGUUUCUUUCAGAACUUGUUACUAGUUAUUUUAAAUAAUAUAUUGUAAAUGAAGGUAACAUUCAUAAACUCUUGGUGAGUGAAUAUUUUUAUAUUAUACAUGCAGCAACGACUAGCUCAAAUAUCAUAUAUUUUUUAAUAUAACGAGUUAACAACCAAAUAUAUCAGUGCCUUGCCAAUAUAUAAUUUUUUUUAAAUAUUUAUUUUGGAUUUUAUAAAUAUAUUUGUGUGCAAUUUUUGAAUUUGUGAUUAGAAAAAGCUCAAAUAACAAUUGAUACCUUUAAGAUAA